CAUCUCUUUCACUGCGCUCGACGAGUAUUAACGAGGCCGUCGUCGGGCAAAGAACGUGAUUUCGGUUCGAUCCGUCGGAUUUUUUAUGUCAAACGCGAUGGACGGUAUAGAAAAAAACGUCGGAACGAAAAUUUCCGGAUACCUGGAAAGGAAAAGCAGAAAGAAGAUGAUGAGCUGCUACAAGAAGUACUGGUUCGUCUUGGAGGGCAGACUCCUGCUGUACUAUCGAUCGAAGGACGAAUACGAGGCUAUAUCGCCAUGCAAAGGGUCCGUCAACUUGGGGCCGACGUGUGCCGUCAAGCCUUGCGCGAGGAUCGGGGCGUUUCAAAUCGUAAGCAGGACCACGACCAUCACCCUGAGGGCCGAGACCAGGGAAGAUCAACACAAAUGGAUGCAAGCGUUGACGGGGGCGUUGCGGCCUAGCGAAAGUCCCGCGAGGCUGAGCCAUUUCCGGUAUUCCUUAGGGGAGUUGAGUCCGGAGCCGAAGAAGCCGCUGGAAAGGCAGAACACCAUGCCGGAACGACUGAACGCGCCGAGGCGCGCCAAUCCGGGGAUCAUCGAGAAAUUGCAAAAGUUGGGAGCGCACUCUUACUUAGAUUUUUCGAUGACCAACGUUUACAAGAAAACUCAACCUUCGGCGCGCUCGAAUGAAGACGUGGCGAUCAGCGAUCCCAGAAAUACUCUACUGAUUGAUAACGGGGACUAUUCAGCCCAAUGGGACACCGAUAAAUUUUACGAAAAGAUACCCCAGGAAGCAACAGUCCCAAGGUCGGACAUCGAUGCACGCCAACCGUCGCUGCUGAUCGAAAACGUCGAAUACGUCAGUAUUUCGGAAUCUAACGGCCACAAAAACGAAGAAGAGAAAAUUUACGAGGAACCGAAAUACGACGUCAUCGAUUACAACGAAAAUUCCGUGACUCUGGGCGAUUCGCCCGCUGACAAAGAGAACCCUUACAGCGUACCCAUCUUGAACGGCGAAUGCGAGGUUUCCGAAAAUCCCAGAAUCGGCUCCGCGUCCAGCGAAAGUUUAAACGAAGAAAGGACCACCGCGAAAUUCUUCGGGGGCUUUGUAAGGAGGAACAAAAAAGACGGCACGGAAGGCAGAAAGGCGCGCCUAAAAAAGUCCGAAAGCUUCCUGCAAAGGGUCUGGAAGAAGAAGACGAAAAACCAGAAAAACAAAACCGGCGAGCUGCUACUGGCGAACAACAACAUGCUGAACGAACUUGAACUGUCCGACGCCGGUACGAUUAAGAUGCUGAGCGCUUUGCAGAACGUGCUGGAGAGCAAAAAACCCAUCAUUCAGCAAACCUUAAUCGGCGAAACGAGAAAGAGCGAACUCGGUCGAGAGACCGCGCAAUACGCGAACAGUCCCUCUUCUAUCACAGGGGAUGCCGGAUGUCCGGAGUUACCGCCGAGAAAUCAAAAACCUAUGGCUGCAUCCCCGUACCCCGACGCCCCGAAAAGUGACCAAUUGAUCGGCGAAACCGUAGACCGGUCGGAAACAAACAGCGAAACGAAGGAAGAGACGCCGCGAGAGGGCAAAGUUAGGAACUUGAUCAAGAGGUUCAGCGAGGAAUUCGAGGGCGUGGAAAUACGGCACAAGAACGCGUGGAAAAAGCCGGCCACCGACAGGAAUUCCGGGGACUUGGACAAGCUUCUGGACGAACUGUCCAAGGUGGCGAGCGCGCCGAUCAUGACCCCCGGAGUGACCACGAGCCUCGUCGAUCCCGAAAUGCCGGACUCCGAGUUGCUAAAAUUGAUACCUAUAAGGAGACGGCGACUGUCAGAUCCGGAUUACGACGUGCCCCGGUCGCACAGGCUCGUGAACUUGCCGACGCGCCAAGAGAACUCUGUUACCGGAACUAGAUUUUUCGGUCCAGCUUUGGACCCCGUCGGUCUCGCCAAAAGCCGGAAGUACGACAGCAUGACUCCAGAUUCGUUAGAAGUCGAUCCCAAUCGGGAUAUAUCGUAUCAGUCGCAUGAUUAUCUCAAUAUCAUUAGGAGCAGUCAUCACAGGAUCGAAUAUUUUGUCGAAAACAGCUUGUACGCCGAGCCCAGAUCGUCGGUCCGGUGCGAUCCACUAAAGGUCGCAGAAGACCCGGCCAACGAUAGCGUUUUCGAUGACUCCUUGGAGAUGCCCAUCCAGAUUGCACCAUGAGUACCUCGCAAAGCGCGUCUAUUAUUUUCAACACCAAAGAGUGAAAUGCCACUGUCAUUUUUUUUUACUUUAUUUAUGAAUAAAUACGUAU